AUGGGAUCGGGAAUAGAGGUAAAUGAUUCAUCAACAACCAAUAGUAAUAAUAAUGAAAAAGUUCAAUUAAGUUAUAAUAUGAAAUUAGCAUUAGCAACAGGAGGUAUUAUGGGAUCAUUUUUAUUAUAUGGUAUCCUUCAAGAACGUUUAAUGGUGGUACCAUAUAAGAAUGCCGAUGGAAGUGAAGAAUAUUUCACUGAUAGUACAUUCCUUGUUUUAUCAAAUCGUGUUUUCGCAGCAUUAAUGGCAAUUGUUAUCGUUUUAAAAAGAGGUGAAUCCUUAAAGAACGUUGCCCCACUUCACAAAUAUGUAGGUGUUGCACUUUCAAACUUUUGUGCAACAUGGUGUCAGUAUGAAGCACUCAAAUAUGUAAAUUUCCCAACUCAAACUUUAGGUAAAUGUGGUAAAAUGUUACCAGUUAUGCUCGUUGGUACCUUUAUUAGUGGUAAAAAAUAUGGUUUAAAAGAUUAUUCAAUUGCUUUAACAAUUACAACUGGUUGUAUGAUUUUCUUUUUAACUGGUAAAAUUUCAAAUAAUGAAAGUUCAAAUACUUCAUAUGGUAUCAUUUUAAUGGCAUUAUAUAUGUUUUUCGAUAGUUUUACAAGUACUUUCCAAGAAAAGAUGUUUAAAGGUUAUACUAUGAGUACUUAUGAUCAAAUGAUUUAUGUUAAUGGAUGUUCAUCAAUAAUUUCAGUAUUUAUUUUAAUUUUAAAUGGAAGAUUAUUCCCAGCAAUAGAAUUUAUUUCAACACAUAAUGGUGUAUUUUUCGAUUCAACAAUGUUAUCAGCAUCUGCAGGUUUAGGUCAAAUGGUAAUUUAUUACACAAUCAAAGAAUUUGGAGCAUUGGUUUUCUCAACCAUUAUGGUUACAAGACAAAUGGUAUCAAUCAUUCUUUCAACACUUAUUUAUCUUCAUCCAUUAUCAAAUACUCAAUGGAUUGGUGCCCUUUUAGUAUUUGGUACCUUAUAUUAUAAAUCAAUUGAAGAUAGUAAAAAGAAACAUGGUGGUCAUAGUCAUGGUGGUAGUAACGCAGCUACAACUACAACUCCAUCUAAUAAUAGUAAUAAUACCGAAAAAUAA